ACGUGGUGUUUCGGCACUUUGUGCCUCUUGUAACUUACUGCGCUUCGUAUUACUUCCAGCGCAGCCUUAUACACGCAGCCCUGCCUAGGACUGACGUACACGCCGCCUCAUACGUAUGCACGGGAUGGCAGCCUGUGGAGCUUUCCCAGAAUUUCCAGUACUGUUUCAAGUUGUAAUGUCUUUGACUCUUCUUCUUGUAACUUUUAUUAAAAGGGGGGAGGGGGAGGUGUAAAUACACUGAAAAGUUACCAAACAACAGGAAACCCUUCAUGUGUCCCAAUAGAACUCUCUUGCUUCCCAGGGAGCGCCGGUGUCUUAGCCCUGCUCUCUCGCGUUUGCUCGCCGUUUCAGCGGAGGGGGAGGCGCUUUUAGGGGGUCCCGGUGAUCUGUACACCAGGAUGGCUGGCCCGGCCCCCGGAAGUCCAGAUGCAGGAGCCUGGCCCUCGUUUGCCUAUGGUCUCAGGAUUGCAGCGUCCCAUGGAACUUCUGACAGCUUCUCGGCCAUCCUCCGAAUCGGGAGAGCCCUGCUCCAUGGAUUCAUCCAGGCACUCUUCCAUCCCCAGGCAGCCUCAGUGGAGCAACUGACAGAGGAGGACAUAUCAGUGGAGCAACAAAGUGGGGAGGAUGUGGUCGAUUCGGACCGGGUCACUUCGCUAAAGGACUGCAUGCUCCGUAUAUGGCAGGAACUCAGCAGUAAUCCAGAAAUCGCUAGCAUGACAGAAAGCGUCUCUGGUGACAACCCACUGAAUGUCCUGGCCGAGGUGUCUGAACACACAUUUGAAACUGGGAUCAACUGGGGUCGGAUCGUUGUCUUCUUCUACUUUUCAUACAAAGUCAUUGCCAAGAGACAGACCCAACUCUACUGUUGACCUCAUUUCAAGGGGGAGCGCAUCCAUAGCUGCUUCAUUCUAGCAUGCGCUGCUACAACCUGAGAUCUUUUUGCACAAGGUACAAUCUAAGUGGUGGAGGCUGCAGUCCUGUGAUUAUGUAUGUGGGAGUAAGCUCCAUUGAACACAGUGGGAUAUACUAAACAUGCAUAUGGAAUUGUAUAUUCACUUACUUUGGAGUUAGUCCUGCUGCACUCAGGCUGUAAGUCUGCAAAGCACCUCCUCCAUAACAGUACAAGCCUAGACACGCUUGCUCAGAAUUAAUUCCCACUAAGUUCAAUGGAACUUACUCCCUAUUAGUGCAUCUAGGAUUACAGCCUUAAGACUGUUAUAACCUGCACACUUGCUUUUUUUCUAUCCACUCUUUCUUCACCCCCAAUUCUUUGGUUUAAUACCUUGCCUGAAGAGUUCUGGUAAACUGAACCCUGCUCAGUACUUUGCAGUGUCUGUUCUUCCUAAUAAAGAUGCAAUGGAAGCUCGUUAUAAGGAGGCUUGCUGUACCGCUGAUUUGGAUAUACCGAGUACAAUACUGUAUGCAAUAACACAGCUUUUGUUGUAACGCAGAACCCCUAUAACACUGGUGCAUCCUUUGUCCCCUAACCCCCAUGUUAUAACAAGCUUCUACUGUAUCACAAUACUGUCAGUUUUGGGCUCUCUCUGUUGUGAAUCAGUACUACCCCUUCCUUCUUUUCCU